UUGGCCAAUUUGGGUCAAUUAACGCGCGACAUAUUUCGCGCUAUUAACGCGUAAGCGAAGAGUUAAUCCGUCUUGGAAAUCGUUCCAAAUUGGUUGAAAGAAGAUUAUAUGCCGUAAUUGAUUUGUUACAAUGAGCGAAAUCUAUCCUUUUGUACUUUAUAUGGCGUGUGGGGGGAUGAUUUUCAUGAAAAAUUUCAAAUUUUAGAAUUUUUUUUUUCAUUUUGUUUAAUUUAAUUUUUUAAUGUUAUUACUGCUCCAUAAACAUUAAAAGGCAGUCGGAACAUUCAGGGCCUCGCCCUGAUACGAGCAGUCUUGUUGUGCUUUUUUGCUAUUUUUUCUUCCAUUGUCUAUUUUUUUCUCAGCCUCUUUUUCUGGUCAUGAGAAAAACUAAUUUCCAGGUUUCGAUUUUUUUUGAAAGAUUUUGGAUUAAUUUAGUUCCAUAUUUUUUUAAUGUGUUGUAUUUUUUUUAUCUAAGUUGGUUUCUAUAUUAGUAAUAUUUGAAAUUGUACGUUUUGAAUUGCUUCAUUGCUCGUUUUCUAGUAAUUUAAUGCGUUGCAGCCAAAUUCAAAAUGUCGUUGAAAGUCAGAACUAAAUGCUGCUAGUGUUAUCUCCUCCGAAUGUUUUUAGCUGAUAAUAUAAAAUUCGCGAUGCGCAACAGUUUUUUUGGUUUUUUACUUUUCAUCGACUUAUAUCUUUCUGCAUUGCAUGUGGUGCGAGACUCCGCUUCACCUCCUUUCCUUUAAUAAACGUCUAAAAAUUGAAAAUGCAAAUUUGAAAUGCAAACCUGUAUUUAUUCAAGUGACUAUUAUUUUUGCAGGGAUCUGGAAACAGUCUGGUUAUGACAUCAAGUUGUGUCAUAUUUAGUUUCAGUGCUAAUAUGGAUAAAGAACAACUUCGCAAGCAGCUCGAAAGUUGCAAAAAGGGUUUCAUGGACUCAAAGUACUCAGAUUGUCAUAAGGCACUUCAGAAAAUUGUCAAGGAUUGCGGAGAUUCUAAGCUGACUUCAUCCGCUAAGUUGAAACUCAACUCAUUGGUUGUAGAGCUGCAUAAAAACAAGUUUUACAGCCUGGAGAGUUUGUCACAACUUGUAAACAGCGUUAAAAAGGCGGCUAAGAAUGGGAAUGGGACUUCGUUUUCGCUUCUCGGUAUCGACGUUUUCGAUGACAACUCUUGUGUGUUUAAUUACAAUUGUUCACUAUUCUUAUUCUACUCUCAGCAGCACGAAAAUGCGAAGAAUCUGUUGGCAAAAGUUUUAUCGAAAUCCACUGAUAGUUACUCAAAUGUGGAAGACGUUUGUCUCAAUUGGGCUAAAAUAAUGGACUGUGCCAAAUGGGAUACUGUUUUGAAGUAUAAUAUUACCAUUUUGUGGUGCGAAGUUUGUAUAAAGCUAUGGGAAAGUGGUCUUAGUGAUUCAAUAGAACGAGAUACCAGUCAAGUUUUGAGCUGGUUAGAGGCUAAAAUCAUGGAAGAAAAAGCCAGCGCUAGCUCGAAAGAUUCCAAAAGCUUGGUUGAAAAAUGGGUUCAUCGACUGAGCAUCUUGAAGAAUAACGUUCUUCUAACCGAAGCUAGUUUGAAAAGCUGCAAGAAAGAAAUGAGAUCUUUGACACCUGCGAAUAGCACUUAUACAAGUCAAGCAGUGCCGGGAAUUUUCAUACGAGCAAAGUAUGAAUACUUGAGAAAAAACUACAUAAAGAGCAUGAAGUUGCUCCAAAUUCAACAUUACAAAUCACACUCAGAAACCGGAGAAAGCAUUCCAAUGAUGUUUUAUAACAAUCUUGCAUGUAUAAGCCACCAAAACGGCAAGCACGAGUUAGGAGUCCAUUACUCGAGAAAAGCGUUCGCAGAGUUAGAGAAAAUAGAGCAGCAAGCAGCAAAAGGCGGCAAGAAAAUAACAUCUAAUAACAAUGGAAACGGAACCAACGCGAGUACAAGUCAUUUGCAUACAGUUUCGGCUAUGCGAUUUUACGAACUACACUAUAACAUGGGAACAUAUCUGUUAGCAGCAAACAGACCUGAAAAGGCAUUCGAUUCGUUUUUCAGCGCUGUCCAGAUGUACUACCAUAGUCCAAAGCUUUGGCUUAAAUUAGCCGAGUGCUGUAUUGCAGCGCAUACGAGUAAGCUGCGUCCGACUUGGAGUUGUAUGACGACACAUGAGAGAGAUCCAGUUGGAUUAGAGCGGGAGGAAGUGUCGUUGACGAGUUUCGGCUCGGGAACCAAUCAUAAAUUAGUGGUCAAAGUCGUUGGCGAUAGUUUGGAGACAUGUCAAGAGGACGUGCAAUCCGCAGCCUUCCCAGCGGCGACUCUGGGAUUCGGGUCUAUGUGCGUAGAGAAUACUCUACUUCUCGUGAAAAAUCUAUCGUUUUCCAACAGUGGGAACUCAAUUUCGAAUGGAGAUUUGAAGUCCUUGAAGCUACAUUCUCUAACAUGUGGAGCAUACAUCAAUCUAUGCAUUGGCGAUUACCUGAAAACUAUCAACUAUUGUGACCAAGCGAUGUCUAUGAUGGAACAAAUAGAGGCAAAACAACAUGAGAUGAAACACAUUAUCCUUUUAUACAAAGCAGAGGCCUUAGUUCAUAUCGACCAGACUGCGAAAGCGCUGGACUAUCUAGCCUUACAGAGUAACCAAGAUGCAUUUAUGAUUAAGAAGAGCUCAGUUGAAAAUGAAGUUUCGGAUGCAGAGAGUUAUGCUAGUAUUGACAAGUGGGUGGCAUACAUGUUGUCCAUGGCUUCGAUUUUUGCUCUCAAAGGCAGUUAUGAUGAGUGUAAGAAAAGAAUCCAGAUGGUAGCUUUGAACUUGACUCAGCUGCAGAAACCCUUGCCGACCGAAUGCUACAUGUUAGCUACUUACAUAGAACUAUGCCACGGCAACCACGCAUUGGCCGUUGAGAUUGUGAAGCGUAAACAGAUUCCGAGCUAUGAAAAUUUAUCGUUUAGUAGCACUAAAACUAGUACAACAUUCGUGGGAGCAACUUGAACAUUUUUCCCCCAGUUGUGUCAAAAGCUUACACCUUGAAGUUACAUUGAAAUCAAAACGCGCGAGGAAUGAGAACUUACUGUUAACUCAAUUGUUGUUCGCUUAAAGCUUAAAUGCAAAGGAAAUAGAGGGUGUCACUCGUACGCUAAGGACCGAAUUUGCGAAAAUUUAGUCAGCCAAUCAGAAUUAAUUAUUCGAAGGAAAUAAGCGAUAAAAUGGGGCAGUACAACAGUGCCGAAGUACAACAGUGCCGAAAAUGCAAAAGUGUUCAACAGUGACGAAAAUUGAUGAUUUUCGGCACUGUUGAACACUUUCAUUUUCGGCACUGUUGUACUUCGGCACUGUUGAACGCCCCCGAUAAAAUCAGUCAGCUUAAAACAGUACAAAGGCAUUGAUUGGUUGAAAAUUUUUGAGCAUUCGGUCCUUCGCGCAUGAGAAUAGCUCCGAGGGAAAUAGGCUGUGUAAAUUCUAAUAACGUAAGUGAUAUAAAUGUUAAAUUUUAUAAAAAAAAUAUUUAA